AAUACCUGUAGCGAUUAAAUAAAUAAAAUAAAAUUAUUGUUGAAAAUCUAAAAUGUAUCGAAUAUGUACUUUUUCGGUUAAAUUUUGUAGUAGAAGCAAUUUUAAUGUAAAUAGCAUACGGUCCAUGGCAGGACAUUCAAAAUGGGCCAAUAUAAAGCAUAUAAAAGCAAAAAAAGACGAAUUUAAAUCGUCGCUUUUUGCGAAGCUAACGAGGCAAUUACGGCUGGCCAUACAAGACGGUAAAUCGGCAGAUCCAGCAAUUAAUUCCAUUUUACAAUCAGAAAUAGAUAAAGCAUUAAAGCAAAACAUGCCCAUGAGUACUAUACAAAGAACUUUAAGUCAGUUUAAAAAUGUAACACAAAAUGUAAAAAAGCACCGCCUGGAUAUCCGAUAUAAGAGGAACAUAUAUAUCAUAUGUAUUAUUUACACCGACAAUUUUCCAUCAAUUAAAAUGGAUGCAGCGUCCACAGUAAAAAAAUCUGGAGGAGAAUUCGUGGAUGUCGGGCACAUGUUUCAGGAUUGUGGCUUGAUACAAAGCCAAUAUGAUACGUCGAAGCUAUUGGAUGGCCAGAGCUUAGAAGACAGAGCAGUUGAAGAUGCCAUUGAGAUCGGAGCUGAAGAUAUUCAAAUAGUUGACAUAACCACAGGUUAUAUAAAUUUUUUUUGCAAUACAGUCCAUGUUCAGAGUUUAAGUACAAAAUUAUCCAAAAUUGGUUACUCUAUUGAGAAUAGCGAGAGCCUAUAUGCUGCAAACAAUCUGGUGACACUGCCGUUAGAUGAAAGAAGAGCCUACGAUGUAUUUAAGGACAAGUUACGGAAUAUUCCAGGCUUAGAAGAAAUUUAUGACAAUGUAGAAUAUGAUGCGCUUCCCAGUGAUAUGUAGACGGAACAAAUUUUUAUAUUGAAAAAAA